GACCGUGUUACUCAAACACAUCAAGGCUAUGGAUUUUGUGAGUAUAUGAGCGAAGAAGAUGCUGAUUAUUCUAUAAAAAUAAUGAAUCAAAUUAAAUUAUAUGGAAAACCCAUUCGUGUCAAUAAGGCAACUUCUGAUAAAAAGAAUUUGGAUGUUGGUGCUUCAUUAUUUAUUGGCAAUUUGGAUCCCGAUGUUGACGAGAAAAUGUUAUAUGAUACAUUCAGUGCAUUUGGUGUUAUUGUGCAGACUCCAAAGAUAGCAAGGGAUCCUGAUACUGGAAAUAGUAAAGGAUACGGUUUUAUUUCUUACGAUAAUUUUGAUUCAUCCGAUGCUGCAAUCGACGCUAUGAAUGGUCAGUAUUUGAUGAAUAAGUCAAUCACCGUAUCAUAUGCGUUCAAAAAGGAUGGUAAAGGAGAGAGACAUGGAAGUGCUGCUG